AGGAACAAGAUAUACACUGCUAAUAGAAGGGGGGAAACUCUUGCCAAAGAGACUGUGCUCAGUGAUGGAUUGGAGGCUUGGUUUUGUUCUGAUUUUGUCACCAUUAACAUUUAUCGUAUAUUGUCAAGAUGAUCAGAUGCCACCUAAAAUGAUCAGUACUUUUAACAGUGAAUAUUACUUUCCAAUGAAUUCCAAACUUACCGAUGCAAUGAUUGAAUGCAAUGCCAUGAAUGGAAAAAUUGAAUAUGAAUGGAAAAAAGAUGGAGUGAUUGUUCGGAACAGCAAAUAUGUGUAUGUGGACAAAGAUACUGGAACACUGAAAUUUAAUGAGAUGCAGGGUUCUGAUUAUGGAACAUAUCAAUGCUUUGCUAAAAAUGAUUUUGGGAUCUCACUUUCCAUACCCUUUGAAGUGAAAAUGGCUUUAAUGGGAGCUUUUCCCUCAAAAGAUCAUAAGGAAAUACACUGUAAGGAAUAUGAACAUUGUAAAAUCCCCUGUCGAGACAAACCAGAAUGUUUACCAGAUUCUGAAUGCAGAGUGGAGUGGAAAAUUGGACUAGGUGCCAAAACAAAUGUGGAAAUAUCAAAAAGAAUCGGGGUGGAUGGAAAUGGUGAUCUCCAUUUCAUAUGGACAACAGGCUCAGACUGGACUGGCUUAAAUUACAAGUGUGGAGUAUGGCAAGAACAACUCAAGAUGUUGGUUGUUGGAAGUAUAACAACUCUUAGAAUUCAGAGUGUCAGUCGUGCCCCCAGCUUGGAUCCAAUUCUGGUCUAUAAAUCCAAUGGCAAGGCCCAGUACAGAGGCGAGGGUGUUCUGAAAUGCAUGUUUUCAGGAUAUGCUGCACCAGAUAUUGAGUGGAUUUCUCCUGCCGAUAAAGUUAUCAACAAUUCUGCAAAAUAUGUCAUCAGUGAUUUCAACAGGAUGCUGACCAUUAAGGAUGCAAUACAGAAUGAUGAAGGCCCUUACUAUUGUAGAGGAAAAGGCAAUAGCAAGAUAAACACCCAACAGGUUUUUCUUAAUGUUACCUCUGCCCCAAUGCUUAAAGAAUCAGAAAAUCCUCAGAUGAAUGAUUUGUUGGUGUCAACUGGGAAAAACGCCACAUUUUACUGUCAGGUUAUAUCUUUACCUGAGGAAAAUGCACCAACUCCUCCACAGUGGAUGAAGAAUGGAGCAGUUCUACCAGUUGAUGGAAAUAAUACUGGUAAGUACAUUUUGAGGGACAACAACCAGACGCUAAUUGUGACCAAUGUACAGAAGGGCUUGGACACAGGAGCUUUUCAGUGUAUGUCUGAAAACAGCGAAGGUGUCCUGUUAAAGGAGGCUUUACUCAAGGUCAUAGAUCCUAUUACGAUAUUAAAAAGACCACAGGGAAGCUAUAAGAUUAUGCCGGGAGACACCCUAAGUCUGGGAGUUUCGGCUACAAGUGAACCAUCCUUGUCUCUACGCUACAAGUGGACGUUUAUCAACGUAAACGGUGAAGAGCAAGUGGUCAAAGACAGUGACUAUUGGAGGAUAACCAGGCCUACACUCAACAAUCUGACCAUUGAUGUCAGUCAGGUUUCUGAUCCUAGUGUGGUGCUGUCCUUGUCGGGGGUAUAUAUAGUGGACGUCUUCCAUAACUACGACUCUGAGAAAAUCAAAGUCACAGUGGAAACAGAAAUAAUUACGACCAGCUUUGCUCCAAAGGCACUCAUUGUUCAAAAGGCCAAUCUGAACUUCAUCAUCUACAUAGCAGGGGGCGUGAUAUUUUUAAUCAUCCUCUCGAUUUUCGUGCUCUUUAUUGUUCGCAGAAACCGGGGAGGAGUACAUUCUGUUGAAAAGAAAGAAUUGGCAGCAGGUCAUGACCCUGAAAAAGAGCUGCUAGAGUGUGGUUUCCAUGAUCUCUCAAGGGCGGACGACGACGGAAGUCCUAACUACCCAGUGUAUGAUUACGAGGACGAAAAACACAUUACUGAUGACGACGAUGACAGUCUCGGAGAAUAUGACGUCGACCAGGAGCUGAACAAAUUCAACGAGGACGGCUCCUUCAUCGGACUGUACGCCGACAAAAAAACCCAAGAAACCUCCCAAGUCUGAGUCUGACGUAUAAACACAACUGUAUACCAUAUGAAUGACAUAGAAGGGUGUGUGUGUCUUAACACCAGGGGAAAAUACCAACUGGAUGAGGCGUGAAUUAUAUAGUUUGUCUAGCAUUUUUUAUUAUAUCAUGCUUACUACGUUUAUGUAAAUGGUAGAAUUAAAACAAUGCAUCGGAGUUUUAAUUGUUUUAACAUCAGAUUUAUUUAAAAAAAAAUUCCUUACGUUAUUAUUCUCAAUUUUUUAAGUAGCAUUACUGAGUUUUAUUUUACUUGUGAACCAUUCCCUGAUUUAGUUACCAAAUUACAUGUACAUAUUAUUGCAUAACAUCCCAUAAAUGAUAUGGCUAUCCUAAUUUUCUAACCUUGGCCCUCCCCUUGACCUUGAACAUAACAUUUUUUCAUUAUUGUGAGCUAAGUUUAUUCUAUUAUAUUUAGUAAAGAAUUACGUGUACUUCAUACAACUCCUCAAACUGGUAAAUUUUCAGGGAGAUAAUCAGAUUUCUCGUUAGCUCAUACGGAAGAAAGAAGAUGCAUAUUUUUUAUGUUGCAUUACAAACACAAUUUUGGAUAUGGGGUUUCUUAAUUUAAACAAUAUUUUAUUCACAGAUGUAAGAGUGAAUAGGAUUGGGCAGCAGGCUCAGCCUAUUUUAGCCCUCUCCCUUUCAUGUCCUGUGCUGAUGGAGAUAUUUCUAUCAUUUUUCUAUUUUAGUUUUUCAAUAAACAGUGUAAUAAUACAAUUUACUUCUUUUAAGAGGGCUGGGUGGUUGUGGCCAUUUAAAGACUAUAUUGAUCUCCUUUAGAAGAAGAGCUCCAUAUAAAGAUAUACAAAAAUGAUCAAAUUUUAAAACUAAAAUGUAUGAAAUUUUUGUUUGCCAAAUGAUAGUUGACAGCUUAAGAUAUCAUAUCUAAAAAAUUAAGUUAUUUCUGAUGGUUAAUUUGUUGACCCCCCAGCCUCCUUAAUAUGGACAACAUGAUAAGUUACAGUAGCAUAUAUCUGUGUAUUCUUGUAGCUCUAAUAUGAUCAAUACUUUAAAUCUAAUCUUUUUUUGAGAAGCUUAAUGCAUUGGUUGCUUCUUUCAGCUUAAUUUUGCUGUAGAUGUUUCGCAAGACUGUAGAUGUAAUCAGAAAAGUUAAGAAAUUUAAAAAAAAUGAAAAGGAGAACAUUAUAGAGGAUAAUUUGAGCCUGGUUGGUAUAUAUGCCCUGCGUGUAUUUUUGUGUACACGAUUUGUGAAAGGUGAUCAGCUGGGUUCAUUGUCUUUUUUGUUGAAUUUCAUUUAUUAGAAAUGCCAUCACUCCGCGUUGUGCAGUUGUUAUUUACUAUAGUUUAUAUCUUGUUAUAUUUUUAUACAUUUGCAAACUUUAUAUAUUUUCUUCAACUCAAGUCUCAGGCUUUGUAGCAUUAGUGCCCUAACCUGUGGACAAGUGUUCGAGAGGGAGGCAAAUGGAAGGGCACAUGACCAUUGGACCGUGACUUCUCACUCCACCACCAGUGAGUCUUGCUGAUUGGUAGGCCGUGACGAUCAUGCUUGUCUGCCUUUCCAUUCCUUCUUUGUGACACUUGCCCAGUUGUCAGGUUAUGCCAGGACAGCUACAGAGGGGGACCCUUGGUUACUGUGGCUGAAGUACCCUAAUUAGUUCUUUUGCUAAUUUGCUAGGUCUGCCAAGCAACCGAGGAAAUUGGAUUGAUAUGGCAAUCUCUGGCAAUUUUUUCUUUAAAAAACUUUGCUGUUAUUGCUUUAUCUGGCAUUUAAAUACAAUUUCUCUUUUGUAUUUUGAAACCAUACUUGUUUUGUGAAAAAAUGUUACUUUGAAUACGAAAAGAAAACAGUCUUCAUGUUGAGUGGAGGAUAUUUGUAAUUAUGUUUAUGUGUGAAGAAAAAAAAAGACCAAUGUUGCCAUGAAUCCAGUUUUUGACUUGUUGAAAAGAUGAAUAUUUUUGUCGAAGUUCUGAGAAUUUCAAAGGUCUUUUAAAGAGACUUUAAAAACUUUAAAGAAUUUCAUACAUUGUACAUUAUAGAUUUGAGUAAUUUGUGGUGUACUAUUGGUUAUGUAAGAAGUCAGGUUAUUUUUUAAGACUUUUUUUUAAGGUAAAAAACAAAACACAAGAAUUCAGUUCAAUAUCUCAUAGAAAAUGUCAUUGACAAGUGUACUAGAUAUAAAAUAUCCUUUAGAUUUGUAAAUUAAGCUACGUCAUUCUGUAGAUUCAUGAAAAGCAUUUUUUUUUGUUUUUAUUAUUUUUAAGGAUAAACUAAAUUAGGGAAAAAAAUUAA